ACGACCUGGCCCGGCUGGAGUCCAGUUGGCCCGCCGCGGCCCCUGCCCGCCUCCCCGAUCGCCGCGGCUUACCUGCCCUCCGCCCACCCGCGGGCCCCGCGCCAACUUCCCCCGGCGCAGCUCGGGGGCGCACGGGCAGUGCUGGCCCUGUCCACCGUCCCGGAGGCACCCGCACGUCUCGGGACACCUGAGCUCGCGGGGCCGGUCGUCCCGAGGAGCCUCCGGUGAGGGGGCAGCAGAGCGCCCCGCGGGGUUCCCCCUCAGCCCCGCGCGCGCCCGCGCGCCCGGCCCUCCCGUCGCGUCCCCACCUUUCCCUCUCCCGGGAGGAGGAUGGGGCUGGAGACGCGGUGGCCCGCGAUGCUCGCGUGGCUGCUGGCUGCGGGGGUCGUGCUGUACGGGGAGCUGUGGCUCUGCGCGGGUCUCGAUUAUGAUUACACUUGGGAUGGCAACGAGGAGGACAAAACGGAGACUUUAGAUUACAAGGACCCGUGCAAAGCUGCUGUAUUUUGGGGCGAUAUUGCCUUAGACGAUGAAGACUUAAAUAUCUUUCAAAUAGAUAGGACGAUUGAUCUUACGCAGAACCCUUUUGGAAGAGCGGGACAUACAACAGGUGGGCUUGGAGACCAUGGUAUGUCAAAGAAACGAGGGGCCCUCUAUCAACUUAUAGACAGAAUAAGAAGAAUUGGCUCUGGCUUGGAGCAAAACAAUACAGUGAAGGCAAAAAUAUCUCUAAAAUUCUCAGGGCAGUAUGAGAAAAAUCGAGUUCCCAGAGCUGCUACAUCUCGAACUGAAAGAGUAUGGCCUGGAGGUGUGAUUCCUUAUGUCAUUGGAGGCAACUUCACUGGCAGCCAGCGAGCCAUGUUCAAGCAGGCCAUGAGGCAUUGGGAAAAGCACACAUGUGUGACAUUCAUUGAAAGGAGCGAUGAAGAGAGUUACAUUGUGUUCACCUAUAGGCCUUGUGGAUGUUGCUCCUAUGUAGGUCGGCGGGGAAAUGGACCUCAGGCCAUCUCCAUUGGAAAGAACUGUGAUAAAUUUGGAAUUGUUGUUCAUGAACUUGGUCAUGUGAUAGGCUUUUGGCAUGAACACACACGACCAGAUCGGGACAACCAUGUGACCAUCAUAAGAGAGAACAUCCAACCAGGUCAAGAGUAUAAUUUUCUGAAGAUGGAACCUGGAGAGGUGAACUCACUUGGGGAAAGAUAUGACUUUGACAGUAUCAUGCACUACGCCAGGAACACCUUCUCAAGGGGGAUGUUCCUGGACACGAUUCUCCCCUCCCGUGAUGAUAAUGGUAUACGUCCAGCCAUUGGUCAGCGAACACGUUUAAGCAAAGGAGAUAUUGCCCAGGCAAGAAAGCUGUAUAGAUGUCCAGCAUGUGGAGAAACCUUGCAAGAGUCCAGUGGAAAUCUUUCCUCGCCUGGCUUUCCCAAUGGCUACCCCUCCUACACACAUUGCAUCUGGCGCGUGUCUGUCACCCCUGGAGAGAAGAUUGUCUUGAAUUUUACCACAAUGGACCUGUACAAGAGUAGUUUGUGCUGGUAUGACUACAUUGAAGUGAGGGACGGAUACUGGAGGAAAUCAUCUCUCCUGGGUAGAUUCUGUGGGGACAAAGUGCCAGAAGUUCUGACUUCUACAGACAGCAGAAUGUGGAUUGAGUUUCGGAGCAGCAGUAACUGGGUAGGGAAAGGGUUUGCAGCAGUCUAUGAAGCGAUCUGUGGAGGUGAGAUACAUAAAAAUGAAGGGCAGAUCCAGUCUCCUAAUUACCCCGAUGACUACCGACCAAUGAAAGAAUGCGUGUGGAAAAUAGCCGUGGCUCAGGGCUACCAUGUCGGACUGAACUUCCAGGCCUUUGAGAUUGAAAGACAUGACAACUGUGCAUAUGACUACCUGGAAGUUCGAGAUGGGACCAGUGAAAAUAGCCCUUUGAUAGGGCGUUUCUGUGGCUAUGAUAAGCCUGAAGAUAUCAGAUCUACCUCCAACACACUAUGGAUGAAGUUCGUUUCGGAUGGAACUGUGAACAAGGCAGGGUUCGCUGCUAACUUCUUUAAAGAGGAAGAUGAGUGUGCCAAGCCUGACCGUGGAGGGUGUGAGCAGCGGUGUCUGAACACAUUGGGCAGUUACCAGUGUGCCUGUGAGCCUGGCUACGAGCUAGGGGCUGACAGAAGGAGCUGUGAAGCUGCUUGCGGAGGACUCCUCACCAAACUGAAUGGCACAAUAACCACCCCAGGCUGGCCUAAAGAGUACCCUCCAAACAAAAACUGUGUGUGGCAGGUGGUUGCACCUAUUCAGUACAGGAUUUCUGUGAAGUUCGAAUUUUUUGAAUUGGAAGGCAAUGAAGUUUGCAAAUACGAUUUUGUGGAGAUCUGGAGUGGACUUGCCUCUGAGUCUAAAUUGCAUGGGAAAUUCUGUGGUGCCGAAGUCCCGGAUGUGAUUACAUCUCAGUUCAACAACAUGAGGAUUGAAUUCAAAUCGGACAACACUGUAUCCAAGAAGGGUUUCAAGGCACAUUUUUUCUCAGACAAAGAUGAAUGUUCUAAGGAUAAUGGCGGAUGUCAGCACGAAUGUGUCAACACCAUGGGCAGUUAUAUGUGUCAGUGCCGGAAUGGAUUCGUGCUACAUGAGAACAAACACGACUGCAAAGAAGCUGAGUGUGAGCAGAAGAUCCACAGCCCCAGUGGCUUCAUUACCAGCCCUAACUGGCCAGACAAGUACCCAAGCAGGAAAGAAUGUACGUGGGAAAUCAGCACUAUUCCUGGCCACCGGAUCAAAUUAGUCUUUAGUGAGUUUGAGAUUGAGCAGCAUCAAGAAUGCGCCUAUGACCACUUAGAAGUAUUUGAUGGACUAACUGAAAAGUCACCAAUUCUUGGACGCCUGUGUGGCAACAAGAUCCCAGACCCCCUCAUGGCUACAGGAAAUCUAAUGUUUGUUCGGUUCAUUUCGGAUGCAUCUGUUCAGAGAAAGGGCUUUCAAGCCACGCAUUCCACAGAGUGUGGCGGCCGAUUGAAAGCAGAACCUAAACCCAAAGAUUUGUACUCUCAUGCGCAGUUUGGUGACAACAACUAUCCAGGACAGCUCGACUGUGAGUGGCUGUUAGUAUCAGAACAAGGCUCUCGGCUUGAAUUGUCUUUCCAGACUUUUGAAGUAGAAGAAGAAGCCGAUUGUGGAUAUGACUAUGUUGAACUCCUUGACGGUGUGGAUUCUACAGCGGUGGAGCUUGGUCGAUUCUGUGGAUCAGGGCCACCAGAAGAAAUCUAUUCAGUUGGGGAUACAGUUUUAAUUCAGUUUCAUACUGAUGACACCAUCAAUAAAAAAGGAUUUUAUAUAAGAUACAAAAGCAUAAGAUAUCCAGAAACUGUGCAUACCAAAAAAUAACACCAGAACCUCUGUUUGAAGAUACAGGAAUGUCCAAAUGAAGAGAAGACAUAUUUUUCUAAACUGAUGAUAUUAGCACAAAUCUUUUAUAUAAUGAAUUUGAAAAAAAAAGAAAACUGUAAGACUAGAAUUAUCUCUAUACUAAAAGAGAAACUUCCAUUUAAUCUUGAUCAGCAUUACGAGGGUAUUUGAACUCCAUGUGUGAUGGAGAGGCUCACGUGCUACCAGGAGAUUGGGAUCCAGCCUUUCCUCACAGCUUGAAACAGACUCUUCACAAUGCAGACAGUUCAGUUCAAGGGCCCAGACUCUGUGGCGUGUUCUUUGAUUCUAUAUCACGAUUUGGGGGGCCCACAGUCAUCUUGCAAGUCCAAAACUGGAAAACUCUCUUCUUUGUCUUAGCAUAAUUGCUUUGACUUUGUAGCUCAGAAACAAUGGAAACCAGAUGCGUAGUAGUUGGUGUGAAGUAGGAGUGUUUUCAAGGUGUUUGUGCUUUAAGUGUGUGUGUGUGUGUGUGUGUGUGUGUGUGAUGUUUGGAAACUGGAAUAUUUCAGCUUCAUCAUUUUCACUUGCAGGCCAGCUUAACCUCUUCAAAACAGAAAUGAUGUAGACCGCGCCCUUGUAAUUACACUUUGACAACACUGAGAUAUCAAUGGUGUGCUAAUGCAGAUACUUGCACUCUUAGCAUCAUUUAUUUAGUUAAUGGAUGAUGCCCUGGUAAACUUCUCUCUGUGGAAGUGUCACUUUUUUUCACACCAAAUCCAAGAAGCCUGGGAUGUCUUAUGAACCUUGUAAGAAAACACCUGCAAGGAGUAUGCAGGAUUCUCCCAAAUGAACUGCCUGUGUGGUUCCUAUCAAGUUGCUGCUGCUGCUGCUAUUGUCUUUCCUUUGUGGUUGAUCUGUUAUCGGUGUAGUUAUUAUUGUUGAUAUUGUCACAGUAUUUAGUGUAUUUAAAAAAGUUGAAAUGAAAUAGAAGCAGGCUUUGUGAGAAAUUAAAGAUUUCUUUCUUUUUUUCUCUCACUCUUUCUCUUUUCUCUGUUGUGUCUCCUCUUCAUGGAAGUCAGUUAUUUUUUUUAAUGCAAUGAUGGAAAAGGGGAUUUAUUUCUGAAAGAAUUCAAAUGGUGCUAUUCCAUACACAUCUUUUUUUUUUAAGAACAAGUUUUUGAUCUUUGAGCCAACCACCUGUAGACUAUGACUGUCUCUCUGUGUCCAGCUGGUAGCAUUUGAAGAUUGAGGACAUGCUAAAUUUAUCAGGAGGAGAUAAUUUCAAGAACAGCAUUGGCAUUGGUCCUCGGGGGCGGGGGAAGGAUGGGCUACUUGAUGCCUUAGAUUCUUGCACACUAUCCUCUAGAGACACAUAUUGAAGUAUUGGACCUAACAGUGUCUCAUCCAUGAGUCCUAUGCGAAAAAUUCACUUCCAUGACGGAGACAGUGGAUAUAAAUAUGGUGAUCUGUUCCUGUUUUAGUUGUAGAAAAAUGAAACUUUAUAAUGAGUCCCCUGCUUGGAAGUCAUGUGUGUUUUUAAUAUUAAUGUCUGUAUAUGUGUAUGGGCGAGUGAAGCACUAGAAAGUGGAAAGUAUUGGGGGAUGGGUGAAAAGUGUGAAUUUAUGUGCCAAGUCCUACUAGAAUCCUGUUUGAAAUAGCACCUUUCUUAGGUUUCAUGGACAAAUAAUAGGAACUUGUAAAUCUUCUCCAUCCCAGGAAAGAAAUGUUCUUGCCUUUAGAGAACCUAUAUUUUGAUACUUUUAGAUGUUCAUCUAGAUGGUUAUUGAAGUAACUUUGUUUCUCUUACCUGUUCAUGAACCUUUAGUAUUUCAUAAAAUUAGGUCUAUUUCUUUAUUUUUUACAAAGUUAAACUGUACACAGAUGUAGCUUAUUUGUUCUUAAACUUUUUAGUUGUUGUGCUCUGAGAAACCUUUUCCUUCACAUGAAUUGUAAAGUGUAAAUAACAUUUUUUUUAAAAAAAAAAAAAACACAGUGUUUCUGUCUCCUCGAAUGUCACUUUGGAAAUGUGUAACUGUCGCCUGCAAUGUACAUUUUAGUGGAGCUGACUUAUUCCAGUAAUUUCUAUUUUUUUUCUUCACUCAUCUCCAAUUGACCAUGAUAUGCCAAGGAAGGAAGAGAGAGACAAGACACAGGCAUUCAUCGAAGAAUCGCUGGGCCCUGCUAGGGGCUCUAGGCUAGGCAUGCGCAGUAGCGAUUUCUAAACUCCUUGUUGCCCUUUGAAGAUGGGGUUGAUGGUCUCAUUUUUGCAGUCCAGGAAGUGAGGCACAGAGAUACGUGGAACAUCCCAGAAGAUCAGUGUAAAAUUAGAGGUAGAAACCCAGCUUGUAUGAGUGCAAAAUUUGUGCUUGUUCUACAAAAUGUAGCGAUACCUUCUUGAGAUACAUAAGUGGUAGAUUUUCUUUUUAUGAUGAAACUUUUCUGUAUAAAGUCAAUUACAGGGUGAGACACACACAACACGUUUAGAAUAAACAUAUUCUUUUUAGGAAAAGCAUUAGGAUUAGAAUGUUGACUGUAGAUAUCUUUAAGAACCAGAAUUAGUACUAAACAGUAAAAUAAAAAUCCUAUAGUUUGGGGUUAAAAUGAGCCUUUUGUGAAAAUGAAUAUAUUAAAUUAUUUUACCUGGCAUGGUAGGGAAAAUUGUAGCUUUCUGUUUUAAAGAGUAGUCUGGACAUUCUGACUGAUACCAUAGGCAGCCAUCUUGACCUUUGUGUAACAUGACUGGGAAAUCACGAAAAGUUUUCAGAAGACUUACUGUCUGAACCUUAGGUCUCUGACGUGGACUCCGUGGAAUUAAUUUUUGUUGUAUCUUAUGUCAGAUAUUAGUUUUACUGUGUAUUAUUUUUAUAUUGAUUCAACAUUUGCCUUAAAUGUGUUGUUAAAUGAAAAUGCAGACAGCUUCAUCUGUUGUUUUGUUAAUAAUUGUUAGUCAUUGUUCUAGGCAUUUUAUUAAAUUAAUUUUGUAAAUUAUUUUCAACCCUUCAUCAGUAUAUUGGUUGUGUUUUAUAUUGCCAAACGUCUAAAUUUCAUACAGUUCUCUUGCUGUGCAUGUGCAAUGUAUGUACACACACACACACACACAUACACACACACACACACAGUUUUCCCUUCAUCUGAUCCUCUUAAAUUACUUUUCAAAUGUUAGCUUCAACAAGUA